GAAGAAGAAGAAGAAGAAAGAGAGCACAAAGGACAGCAGAGAACACAGAUCAACACACGCACACACGCACACACACGCACACGCACACAGAUCAACACACAUAUCACCCAGAUCAGCAGCACCGAGGAUGACGUUCUUUACGACGCGGAAGGUUGACUUUGCAGCGGCGCUGCAGGAUGCCGAAGAAUCCGACCAGAAGAUCCUGUUGACAACAGCGUUUGUGGACUCGGCAGAGGAGAUUCUUCCCAUCUUCGAUGCGCUUGGCUCCACUGCGUUUGCGCCCGUUAAGAGCGACAUCUCUGGCAACAUCAAGAAACUGCGUGGAUGGCAUGCCAAAGACACGGAAAACACACAGACGUUGCAGGCGCUCGUGCAGAAGGAGAUUGAUGCUGGAACCACAAAAGCCAGCGGCUCCGCAACCGACGCCCUGCUCUGGCUCAAGCGUGCGUUGAACUUCAUCAAUGCGUUUCUGGAUGAGGUGUUGAAGGGCGAGUCUCCCUCCAAGGCCGCGUCCACAGCAUACACCGCCACCCUCAGUCGCUACCACAACUUCUUCGUUCGCCAGAUCUUCAAUGUGGCGAUGAAGGUGUGCCCGUCGCGUGAGAACUUCCUCAAGCUGCUGCGUCGCGAAGCAGAUGCGAGCGACGACGAUCUCCUUGAACAAAUGCGCGUGUACAACACUGCCCUCAGCGCAAACCUGCACGCGUUGCAGGCGUUUUACGACAAGCACGGCCUGGAUGCGUGACAUGUCACAACAUCACAACCACGUGCACACGCGAGGAUCUGCGCAUCAGUGAUAUGCGUUCGCGCGUGUCACACCCCGCUGGCGAGCGUGCUCUGUGAUGUGCUGCUGUCGUCGUCGUUGUUGUUCGCUCCCACCCAAGUUAUCUCUCAUUGUUGCUCAAGUACGCAUGCAUUCGAUGGCAUUCGGUUAGUGUUUACUCGUGUUUGUAUGAUAGCGCCAAUACGUGACACCAAUGACACAAAUAACGUGUGCCAUUGACUGUGUUGACAAUAAAAUCCGCAAACCACCA